AUGGACAUGGCAUUGCCCGUUGUGAAUGCCACAGCGGCGGUGUUCGCCCGUGUCUCGGCUGCGUUCAAUGCCCCCCUUGCCCGUGCAGUCGUCUUUGGGGUCCAUAUUGAUGGGCACUUGGUCGUGGAAGGGCUGCUUAUUGCAGUCAUAGUGUUUCAGCUCUCCAGGAAGAGCUACAAACCGCCAAAGAAACCACUCACUGAAAAGGAGAUUGAUGAGCUAUGUGAUGAGUGGGAGCCAGAGCCGCUAUGCCCUCCAAUCAAGGAAGGGGCCAGAAUAGAUACUCCAAUGUUGGAAAGUGCCGCUGGACCACAUACGAUUGUUGAUGGUAAAGAAGUUGUGAACUUUGCAUCAGCAAACUACCUCGGUUUAAUUGGCAACGAAAAGAUUAUUGAUUCUUGCAUUGGUUCACUGGAGAAAUAUGGUGUUGGGUCUUGUGGUCCACGUGGCUUUUAUGGAACAAUUGAUGUUCAUCUUGACUGUGAGUCAAAAAUAGCUAAUUUCCUGGGGACUCCAGACUCCAUUCUGUAUUCAUAUGGGAUUUCUACAAUAUUCAGUGUGAUACCUGCCUUCUGUAAGAAAGGAGAUAUCAUAGUCGCUGAUGAGGGUGUUCACUGGGCAGUGCAAAAUGGUCUCCAUCUAUCAAGAAGCACUGUGGUGUACUUCAAGCACAAUGAUAUGGCUUCACUUGCAAGCACUUUGGAAAAACUUACUCGUGGAAAUAAACGUGCUGAAAAGAUUAGACGCUACAUUGUUGUAGAAUCCAUUUACCAGAAUUCUGGCCAAAUUGCCCCCUUGGAUGAGAUUGUCAGGUUGAAGGAGAAAUAUCGGUUCCGUGUUAUUCUGGAGGAGAGCCAUUCUUUUGGAGUGCUUGGCAAGUCUGGGCGUGGCCUUGCUGAACAUUAUGGAGUUCCUAUUGAAAAAAUUGAUAUCAUCACUGCUGGAAUGGGAAAUGCAUUAGCUACUGAUGGUGGCUUUUGUUCAGGAAGUGUCAGAGUUGUUGAUCAUCAGCGUCUAAGCAGCUCUGGGUAUGUUUUCUCUGCAUCUCUGCCACCUUAUCUUGCCAGUGCUGCUGUUUCUGCCGUCAACUACCUGGAGGAGAAUCCCUCAGUUCUUGCAAACCUAAGGAGCAAUAUUGCUCUUUUGCAUAAAAAACUAUCAGAUACUCCAGGGCUUGAAAUUUCCAGCCAUGUUCUGUCGCCUAUCGUCUUCCUUAAGCUGAACAAAUCGACUGGUUCUCCUACCACUGAUCUAGAUCUUCUUGAAACUAUUGCUGACAAGGUCUUGAAGGAAGAUUCAGUCUUCAUUGUGACAUCAAAGAAGUCAAAUCUGGAUAGGUGCAAACUUCCCCUUGGAAUCCGCCUGUUUGUAUCAGCUGGACACACUGAAUCAGACAUCUCCAGGCUUUCCUCAUCCUUGAAGAGGGUUUCUGCAUCAGUUCUUUCAGACUAUUGA